AUGGGCCGCAAAGCCUCUACAUCAGCGACAAGCCGCAGGUCUGGCCAGCCAUCUAUACAAAAGCUGAAGGAUAGUUGUGAUAUGUGCUCAUCCUCUAAAGUGAAAUGCAAUAAGGAGAAACCCAUUUGCAGUCGAUGUCGCAAGCUGGACUACCCGUGCUUUUACAGUCCAGCACGACGCAUAGGACGUCCACAUCCAAACCGUCUCCCCACCAAUCUCAAGUCACCCGAGCCACCCUCAGUAUCUUCACCAACGGAAGUUUCUAGCGUCCAUAAAUUUGGACUUUCGAAUUCACAGGGCCUUCAGCCUUCCGCUGUAGGAAUACAGAUGCGGCAGCUACCACUGCCAAUGGGAUACGGAGGCGAUAAUGAAUCACAUGCGAACUAUAGCCACGAACCGUUACCCUGGCUUGGCCACCCCUACCUAUCCUCAACUGGAAUCUUCUAUGAGUGUGGAUCAAGAGCAAUCGCCACAGUAACUGAGGAGUUAUGGCAUUUGAAUGAAUCUUUCAUUCAAGCAGACACGGCCGGUAUAUCGCAGAUCCCCCUGGACAAUUUGGAAUAUUUCAAUCUUCCAAGUUCCUCAAAUGAUGGCUCAAACUGGGUCCAUACCUCGCACCAGAUAUUAAACACCCCGAUGAUGCCGUUGGAUGACCCCCUAGCACCUAAGAGCACCCGAGCUUCUAGUACAAGAAAUCAAGGCCAGAGUGAAUUUCCAUCGAGCAUCCAGAAGCCCAGGUCGAAUUAUUCUGAAUCAGAGUGUGUCAAAGGUAUUAUCGAAAUUUUGCGGCGUCUUCAGAUCUCGCGAAAUAGAGUCGCUGGUGUGUUACAUAUUACCUCAGUGGCCGAAUGGCUAACACGCAUGCAAACAACUCCAUCUGCAAUUAAUCGACUCGCGACAAUCUUAAUCUGCCCUUGCUCCCAAAAGCCUUAUGUCGCUAUUCUGAUAGCUGCUGCUUGUAUGGCGAUCAUGGACAUAUAUGACUCAUUGUUUCACUUAUCCCAGGACUCCAGGUCUAGGGAUUUUGUGGCUACUCGCGCUCCUGGGGGGACACCUGCAUUCUUUUUCCCUAUUUCCAUGGAUAUUUGCAUGAAUGUGACUAUGGAGCAGUGUCUGGAUGUGGGGAUGGGAAUGGAUGCUGAUUCUUAUUCAACGUCAGUUCUAGCCUUUGAAGAACUUCCAAAAUUGGCAAGCGUGGUGAUACUGUUUGCUCGUCGAUGCCAAGAAAAUCCACAGGCUCAGUCAGCCAGCACACUUGCUGCUUUAGCAGACUUACUCAAGGCACGCUUGAACUUAGUUACAAAUGAAGUGUUCGAAAGAACAUGGCAUUUGUAA